UUUGGUCCACAGAGUCAUUAAAGUGUUCCAAGUAUUACGUAUUUUGCUGCAGACCAACUUUUAUUUUUAUCAUAACAAAAAAGUUUUCAUCCACGCAAGCGAAAAAGGCGAAACUGUCAGCUACCUGUAGCACUAACAUCUUUCUCGUGAAGAUGAUUUACUAAAUGGCCUUCGUCAGGCAAGGCCAGGACAUGGACUAGAACUAUAGUUUAAACCUUUGGUUAUAUAAGCCCCCGUAGCAUAAACGUUUAAAGAGAGAGGAUAAUAUUCCGUACACUAGCUCGUUUAAAUGACACUAGGUAACCAUGAAACAAACCUCCUUAUCCUAUAAAAGAAACACUUCCACGCGCACAAUAGACCACCAAGCAACAAUGCUCACUUUGUCUCCGCCCCUUCCUAAGACAUUGUAUUCGGGGUGUCUACCCUUUUCCCGCAGAUCACACCCAGUCUCCUAAUCUCCUCCCUCGCGCCGCGGUUACUGCUGGCUGCAGUUUACGAGCAUUAGAAUUGUUUUUCUGUAAGCCGAAAGAUAAGUGGUACGUUAUUGUCUGCAGUUAUGGCUGCUGAUGGUAUGGAUGAACGUUCGCCUUUGCUUUCUGCACCAAGCUCUGGAAAUGUCACCCCUACAGCACCCCCAUUCCUUCAGAUGAGUAGCCCUAGAGCUGAACUGCCUCCUCCGUACACAGCCAUUGUUAGUCCUGAUGCUAGUGGUGUGCCUGUGAUAAACUGCCGUGUGUGCCAGUCUCUUAUCUAUUUGGAAGGAAAGCUUCAACAGCAUGUGGUCAAGUGCACCAUUUGCAAUGAAGCUACGCCAAUCAAAAAUCCCCCUGCAGGAAAGAAAUAUGUUAGAUGUCCCUGUAAUUGUCUCCUUAUCUGUAAAGAUGCUUCACGACGAAUAGGGUGCCCGCGACCUAACUGUAGACGCAUUAUUAACUUGAGUCCAGUCAUGUUGAUUCCAGAAGAACAACCAGCACAGCCUGCCGUUCCAGUCCAGCCAGAAGGUACACGAGUGGUCUGCGGUCAUUGUGGAAACACUUUCUUGUGGAUGGAGCUGAGAUUCAACACACUGGCCAAAUGCCCUCACUGCAAAAAAAUAUCCUCUGUAGGUAGUGCCCUUCCACGCAGACGUUGCUGUGCUUACAUAACAGUUGGAAUGAUAUGUACAUUUAUUGGAGUAGGUUUAACUGUGGGUACCCAAGACUUCGCUAGGCAUUCUCAUGCAACAUAUGUUUCAUGGGCCAUUGCCUAUCUCUUUGGUCUAAUUUCCUUUGUUAGGGCCUGCUACUGGGGAGCAAUUAAAGUCAGUUAUCCAGAGCACAGCUUUACAUAGUCCUUGCACAAAUUUGUCAGUUAAAAACAGAUGAGUCACAGGCAGAUAUUCUUUGAUGCUACAUGAUGGACAUUUAUUUUUAGAAAUAUAUGUUUCACAAAUUCCAUCCUGUUACUGAAUAACCUGAACAAUGAUGUUUUGUGAGCAGGUGCUUGUUGCACUAUGUUGUGAUGCAUACAAACAUUUAUGUUGCUGCUAGAAUGCAAAGCUUUUAUAACAGAACCUGUGUUUACCUGCUCAUAAAGUUGUGCGUUAGUACUGUGUUUGAGUAGAGAUAGCAUUUUAUGUUUUUUAAAUACCAUUUUAGAUCCAUAUAGGCUGUCUUUAGUUUGCUGUAUGAAAAUAUGGACAAGAGGCUGAGGAAUUACAGUUGCGUGGACAGUGGUUUUGAUUUUUUGAUGGUUUUAACAGGUAGCUUUAUUGUAUUACUUUCAGCAUAACAUAAGCAAUAACUAUAUUCAUGUGACUUAGCUGUAGUAAUAUUUUGCAGUUAUUUACACAAUAGUGACCUUAUUUAGGAUGUAAAAUUGAGGCUUUCAGCAUUAUGCAAUGCAUUAUGAUGACUGCAUCCAUAACAUGCAUACGGUACAUGCAGUCAUUGCAGCACUUUGAAAUUUUGCCUCUAGAUGUUAGUCUUACUAUGAAUACCUAAUGUCCAUCAUCAUUCCAUCUUUUAUAAAAUGUCAAGUCAUUGUAUGGUAAAUGUGAAGUUCAGUGUGUACUCUACACAACUAGAAAUUGUCACAGUGUUAUACAGAUGCUUACCAGAUAAUCAGAUGGACAGUCAAGACCCAGUUACUUAAACAAACUUUAUAUUCAGUGUUGGUUUAUAAGGCAAGACAACAGCCUUAUCUCCAAGUAAAGCAUGAUGCUAAUUUGAAUAAUCUGCUGUUGGUGGAGGAAAAAGGGAUAAUAUUGGGUUAUUUUAUUCUGAGCAAAGUGUUUUUCACUAAUUGAGAGAGUGCUACCCUUCUCUAUUACAGCAUGGGAGCUUUUUCCUAAAAAAAAAAAAAAAAAAAAAAAAAGAGAACAUAAUUCUGGUCUAUUUCUUAACAUUUAGAAAUCCAUGUCCAUGUUUAAAAUUGGGACUGGCAGUAUUGCUUAGUUCCUAGAGUAAUAAGCCAUAAAUGAGCUUGGUAACUGUUUUGCUUAUGUACUGUGCAAAUCUUAAUCAUUCACCUGAACAGUUCUGGUGUUGCCAACUCAACCUGGAUAACAAGUACGUGUAUUUGACUGGCCUAUUCACUUUCCAGGAUAGACAAAAAUAUAUAAAUAAUCAGGGUCACUCAGCAUGUGCUCUUUUCUUCAGUAGAGCUGAGGUACUUGCCUGCCCUAUCUCAGAUGUCACAACAUUUCACUUCCUUCCUUUGCACAAUUACUGCAGUGCCAAAAAUGUGAUUUGCCAUUUAUGUCAUGUAUGUUACUGCAUUGUAAAAUAUCUGGUUACCCCUUUAAAGUUUUUCUUUAAAAAAAACUGCAGACCAACAGUCAUGGACUGAUUUCUGACUUGCUUCAGAAAAGUACUUUAAAGCUAAAAACCAGCAGCAGAUUCUAGUUUGUACUUUGUGUUAAAAUAUUUUUUUUGUCUGCUUACUAUUUUUGUAAUUUAGAAAGUUUUAGUAGAUGAGCAGCACUUCCAAUCUUGGCUAACGUCUGUUUGAGGCGUUUUCCCCUCUGCAACUGUUCAUUGGCUGCUACUUGUAGCUGUUCGUCAUCCACCGGGCAUUCCUGUACGUACCCAAGCUUGGAACACACCCACCCUUCCUCUAUUGUGCCACCAAUGUCUCAGCUGCUAAUCAGACCCAGAUUGUCUGGACAAAAGUUUGAGUUUGUUCUUUUACUCCACAGCACGGAUUGGCUGACAUUAUAUAUAUCUGUAGAUUGGAACAGGAGAUUCUGAUAAGCACAAGAGUCAGUAAAUGCACAGCUGAAGAAUUUCCUUUCCUUAUAGGUGUAAUGGCUCAAUUAAUUGUGAGGGGUGCAGCAUUUUCUAUGAGGAUUGUUUUGGGGGGGGGGUGCUCUUUGAACUUCUUAGAAAAUAUUGAUGCAUGAUGCCAUUUUUUAUAUGUAUUUUGCUUAGUUAAACAGCAUUCAGUUUUCUUUCUCUCACACAAAUAACUUGGAUCACGAACAGAUUCUAGAAGCAGUCGUAGCUAACUUUAAUAUAAUAUGGGUCUAUGUCAGAUGAUCGACUUUUCGGAAACCCCCCAAAAAUAUCAGAGACCGUAUGAUCAAGUUUCCAAAAACUUGAACUAAAAAAAAAAAAAAAAAAAAAAAAAAACACA